AUGGGCAUUCUUGGAGAUGCGGAAGGUGCUGAAAACGAGUUCUCACGAAUUCUGGAGAUCAAGUGGGCCGACGUUGAUACGCCUUUCGACUUUGAUCCACAUCCCACGCAUGUUGGCUGGGACGACAUCACCCACGAGUUCAUCAUGGAGUCAGCCGAGUCUAUGUUCCACCUUGAUGACAUCGACAAUAUGAGGAGAGUGGCGGGGGAGACUGGAGUGGCGGGGGAGUCUGGAGUGGCCGGCGAGGGUGGAGCGGUGGGGGAGCCUGGGGUGGCGGGGAAGCCUGGAGCAGUGGGGGAGCCUGGAGUGGCGGGGGAGUCUGGAGUGGCCGGGGAGCCCGGGGUGACAGGGGAGCCUGGAGUGGCGGAGGAGCCUGGAGUGGCGGGGGAGCCUGGAGUGGCGGGGGAGCCUGGAGUGGCGGGGGAGUCUGGAGUGGCCGGGGAGCCUGGAGUGGCGGGGGAGUCUGGAGUGGCGGGCGAGCCUCUAACUCCUGGUGAGGGUGGAGUGGUGGUGGAGCCAGGAGUGGCGGGGGAGCCAGGAGUGGCGGGGGAGCCUGGAGUGGCGGGGAAUGCUGUAGUGAGUCGUACCCCGAGGUGGCAGGAGAGAAAGACUGGAAAGCGGAAACGUGCAGAUGAGGGGUGUAGCGGUGACGAUGCGGAGGGUGAAGAGGCGGAGGUGUCUGUUGGUCAGCGCUUCUGCAUUCAUUUCCACCAUUGCAUGAUGCGCGCUGCAACCAAGGCAGAAGCAGGCCAUCCAAUGACUCCUCAGGAAGUGGCAGAUGAGAUCGGGGGGUGUGGAGACCAUUGGGCAGGCAUACACACUGGUUGUGAGCGAGAUGGCGUGGUCCCACGUUGUGUUAGGGAACGGUGGGGGAAGGAGAGUGCGCUGUAUGAACCAGGUUCGGCGACUCACUUGGCGUUCAAGAAGUGGUUGUCGGUCAACUGUGGCCCAGGUCCAAUGGCCGCAUACGUUUUGGGGGCAUCAAACUGGUUGAACGAGUCAUUUCACUCGUUGAUUACGAAGUACGCGCCAAAGCGUAUUGCGUUUCUUGGCACUAUGGAGGCUCGGGUGGCUUUGAGUGUGCUUCAUUGGAAUCACGCGGUGGAGAGAGUUGUCAGGGAGUGGCGAACACGCGUACGCAAGGUAACACGAGUGCGGGGUGGGAUGAAAGAUAGGGUGCUCGGCCCAAUGGAUUGGCGUUGGGUGGAUGAGGUCUUGGAGAGAUGGGAAAAGAUAAGGGAGUGUGGGAGAAAAGCAAGGAGCAUUGGAUCCGAGAAACAGGGGGGAAGAGAAGUGAAUGUGGGGGAGGAGGUGGAGGACGAGGUGGAGGACGGGGUGGAGGAUGGGGUGGGGGGGGCGAAGAGGACGUGGUAG